GCCAGGCGGGCGCUAUCUGCUCCGGCACACCGCCUUCGCCGAGGGCGCCGCCGACCCCGCGGGCGCGCCCGAGGCCGCGGCAGGUGGCGGUGGCGGCAGCUCCAUGGACGUCCUUGGCAAGGUGCUGAAGGACAUGCAGGACUUUGAGAAGGGCUUCGGCAUUCUCAAGCAGGGCGGUAAAGGUAAGGUCCAGGUUCCAGAGUCGUUGGCGAUAAAUUGGGCCAGCAUCUACAAACAGAAGGACAGACUAGGAAAGAUCAAGGACGAGUUGUGGAUGUGCCAGCAGAAGGAGGAGGCUCCGCCCAGGGCACCGACGCAGAGGGGGAUACCGACACCAGCGACGCCAGGGAGAAGAUGGAGGGUUCGGUC